UUUCAGCAUUGUAAGCACCAAAAAUCUCUCUCUUCUUGUCAGCUCCAGUUCCAUAUCCACUUCACUUUCUCUUCCCUUUCUUCAAUCUCCGAAUUGGAGCCAUGGCCGUGGUUUUUGGAAACUUGGCUCUGCUACUAGAUACGACGUCGCUUCGGUCGAUAACCACGGAUAGGAAGACCCGUUCGCUGGCGGUGGAUUUUGUUUUGAAUUUGCCGAAGAGAGACGCUCACUUAUACCACGCUUCUAUCUUGAGCAACAGCGUGGACUCGGAUGGGGAGACUCGUAAUCUUCGAACUUUGGCUCGCGCCAAAAUGAAUUCCAAGGCUAACGCCGUCGAUUUCGACGCAGGCUCCAGUGAAGAAGAUGGUAACGGCAACGGCAACGGCAACGGCAACGGGUUUGAGGACGACCAGGAGCUGUUCGAUUGGGAGCAGGAAAGGAGGAAGAGAAUUAAGGAGAUUGAAGAGAUGAAGGAUUUGGAGAGAAAAGCUGAGGAGUUACAGGAUAAAAUGGACGAAAGCGAAACCGAGGGGAGAGAGGAGACUGAAGAAGAGAAAAGGAUGAGAGUGAGAAAGGAGCUCGAGAAGGUGGCUCAGGAGCAGGCAGAACGAAGAGCAACUGCUAAGUUGAUGUUUGAGUUAGGUCAAAAAGCUUAUGGGAAGGGGAUGUACGGACGUGCAAUUGAAUUCUUGGAAGGCGCUCUCACAAUUAUUCCCAAGCCUACAUUAUUUGGCGGUGAGAUCCAAAUUUGGCUGGCCAUGGCUUACGAGGCAAAUAACCGCCAUGCAGAUUGUAUUGCACUUUACCAGCAAUUGGAGAAGAAGCACCCAAGCGUCACCAUUCGACGCCAAGCUGCUGAUCUCCGCUACAUAUUGCAGGCUCCUAAGCUUAAGAUAUCUCAGGAGGAAAUGGUAACCAUACCUCUAAUUGGUUCAAGUUAUGACAGCUAUGCAGUAACAUGGACUGACAAAUACAAGGAUAAGGAUCAAACAAGAAGUGGGUCCACAACGAAUCAACUCCCAUCAUCUAAGGAUUUUUUAGCGGACUUUCUGGUGUGGCGACCUCCAGUUGGAUGGGAGAAAAGCAGAGGUUUCUGGGUGGCUGUUACACUCUGGUUGUGCUUGGUAGGAGCAGCACUGAUUCUAGAAAGGUGAAGAAGGCAUACUGCAUGUACAAUAUUUGUAGUUGUUGAUUAUAACAUAUCAAUUGAAUUGUUUUUUCUUGAUUGUGGAAGAUUAUGUUUCACAAUAUUGUAUCUAUCAGUAAUCACUGUAAAGGAGACAAGGAGAAUGAUUAUUUUAUUGGUCAUUGGUCUCCUAUCAUGUGCCAAGCUAAUUCUUCCUUGAAAAAA